CGGGGACUCGAGCUUUGAAAAAUACUACAAAAACCUAUUCCCCAUCAGAUCAGAGUCAGACCCACUUUUACCAAACAUCAUCAUGAUGAUUAAAAUUAAAAAAAAUAGUAGCCGUUUGUCCGCCAGCUUCAUUCAAAUUCAAAACCCACUCCCACUCCCACUCCCAAAUGGGCAAGAUCUAGCUCAUCCAACAUCCAAAUAUUCUUGUUGUAGUUGUAGCACCCUUCACUUGCGUUUUCCCACACCAGAAAAGUAACCUCACUUCCCCCAACCAAAACUGCAAUUCAUAGAACAAAAUGGUGACCGCUCAAUCUCCACACUCCGGCCGCCGACCCCUCCAGCCCAAGAAUCUAUCAACCGCUCCUAUAAUAACUGCAAAACCAAACACAAAGCCUGCAGACCGGGCACGGCAGCUGGAUAACUACUACUGUAACAAGGAGAAUGUUGCUCCUACUUAUAAUUACUCCAGUACCCCAGUCAAAAAGGAGUAUAAAAUCCCCAUUGAAUCCUUGGAUGCAUCGCUGGCUGAUGAGCUGACUGCCAUCCGGGAAAAGCUGGAGAGGCUGAGGAUUGACAAGGAGAAGACAGAGAAGAUGUUGAGAGAGAGGGGGCUAAUGCUGGAUUUGCAGAUGAAGGAGAUUGUUGAUAGAGGGGAGGCGCAGAAGCAGCUGGAGAUCGAGGUUGAUCGGUUGUAUCGACUCAAGGAGAUCAAGUUAGCUGCCUGCAUGAGGAUAUCUCCGCUUCGAUCAUUGAGAGUUAAGGAAGAAGAAAGGAAGAUGAAGCAAGAUGAAGUGGUGUAAAGGCCAAAGGGCGGCAAGAAACCGCCUCUUAAUGCACGCAACAAGUGAUGAAGAAGUGGAGUGGGGUGGUGUUGUCUUAACAAAACAAUUUUGAUGGCCGCCACUACUCUUCACAAUCAUAUGAUCACUCUGUAUACAUGAUGAUACGUUACAUUACAUUUGAGAAUGAAUGGUUUUUAAUGUUUGCAUAUUCUAAAAACUGCAGUAAAUGUAAUUGUUGAUUGUUGCUUUUACAUAUAAUGCAUAAUCAAGAACUACUGAGAGAAUGAUAUGAAUGAAGCGAGUAUAUGC